AUGCCUCGCGAAGCUGAACCUUCUCUCUCUGAGAAGACAUUCCUAAGUCAGGCUCUGGACGAGGGUUUGCGGUUGGAUGGGCGCAAAUUCGACGAAUUUCGACCUCUUGAACUCACUUUUGGAGAUGAGUAUGGAGUGGCAGAGGUCAAAUAUGAAAAAACAAGAGUACUAGCCAGAGUUUCAGCAGAGGUGACGGUGCCUUACUCAGACCGUCCUUUUGACGGAGUUUUCACAAUUACAUCAGAACUCAGUCCUAUGGUCGCCCCUUCGUAUGAGGUCAAUCGCCCUUCACUCGAGGAGGUUCUCCUCUCAAGACUUCUUGAGAAAACAAUCAGAAGAUCUGGUGCACUGGAUACCGAAUCGUUAUGCCUCAUCGCCGGUCAAAAGUGUUGGUCCAUCCGAGUCGAUCUCCAUGUACUUGCCCACGAUGGCAACCUUACAGAUGCUGCCUGCUUGGCCGUUGUUGCAGCCCUUCGGCAUUUUCGCAAGCCUGACUCAAGCAUCGAGGGAGAGGUCCUGACUAUUUACACCCCUGCUGAGAGAGAGCCUGUCCCUCUGAGCUGGCUCCAUUCCCCCUUCUGCGUCACAUUCAGUUUCUUUGGCGAGGAUGGUAGCCAGGUUCUUGUUGAUACAAAUUGGCUCGAGGAGCAAAUGCGUGUUUCCCACUGCACGUACAGUCUUAACAAGCACGGCGAGAUAUGCCAAAUUUCCAAGCUCGGAGGGAACUCACUCGAUGCGCCACUGUUCAUCCAGUGUGCCCAAGGAGCGCUCAAUCGAUCUAAGGAUCUUUCCGAGCUGGUGGAUAGCAAACUUGCCGAAGAUGCAAAGAGAAGAGACAAGGGAGGCCUGACGGCAGAGCUGACCGCCGAGAACGACAGGUGA